GUGUCUAGGGUGACUGCAUGUUAGAUUGGAGAACAUGAGCUGGGGAACUCAGCUCUGUUUUUCAGGUUGAUUUUCUGUGCUUUGUUGGCCUGCAUAUUAUAACUCCACGAGUCAGUUUUUCAGAGAUGGUUGUUAUACUGCGUUUACCAUAAACUGCACCCAUUUUCUCCAUCCCAGCUGUGUGAGAGAGAAUGGCUGCCACUCACUUGCUUCUCGACUGACACCAAAAAAGAGGCUUGAAUUUCGGCUGUAACUUUAGGACAAGAGCUCAGGUACCAGAGAUGAUGGCAGUUCUUUUCCAGUGCAUAAAUAAUGUAUUGGCCGUAUACAUCUCCUGCUGGCAGCUGGCUGCAGCAUGUCAUGCUGAGGAAUGCGAGAAGCAACAAACGAGCACUCCCUUGGCAGCCAGCAAUGAAGAGGCAGUUCAGCUGCCCAUAAAAUGCCAUCGGGCCAUAGUCACACCCUCCCACUGGCUCUCUACUUUAGAGGUGCAUUCUGACCCUUGGAUGGAGAUAAAUUAUCACUAUCUACUAGUGGCUGAAGAGAUAAAGCCAGAAAAUAUAAUAAGGCAAAGAAAUAACGAAGUUUGAGAGAACCUGGCAUAUGUCCCAACACAAUCAAGAAAAGGACAGAGAAGAAGUCUCUGACAUUGUUUCCUUUGCGUCAAGCAACACAACAACCAAGGCUAGCAAAACUAUUCCAAGCAUGUGUAUAUUUUGCAUCUGCCUUUCAAGCUAUCUCAUGUGGCAUUCAUUACUUGGCUUCCGUAUUCAUGGCUGUUACGCCUAAAUUUGUAUGCAGUGUCCCUGGAAAUGUGACUAAUAUACUGUUCAGCAAUUCCUCUAGUUCAAGAAUAGAGGAUAUUUGGACACUGUGGACAUCAACAAAAAAUUACAUUGUGGUCCAGCUUGAAAACGGAGAAAUUUGGGAACUUGAUCAGUGCAGCAGGUCCAAGCGAGAGGGCAGUUUGUAUCUUGCAUAUGAAUAUUCUGGCAACAAGUCUGUUUUUUCUUGUUCUGAUGGAUAUAUCUAUGAUCACACAAAAUGGAAGAGCACCAUUGUUACAGAAUGGGAUUUGGUCUGUCACCGGGAAUGGCUUGCAAAAUUAACUCAGCCCACAUUCAUGCUUGGAGUCCUGCUUGGAGCAGUGAUUUUUGGUGAUAUGGCUGACAGAGUGGGAAGACGGUAUAUAAUGUGGUUCACAAGCACUGGUCAGUUUUUAUUUGGCAUUGCAGUGGCAUUCACAUUUGACUACUACAGCUUUGUGAUCAUACGUUUUCUCCUUGCUAUGGUUUCAAGUGGCUAUCUGGUUGUGGUUUUUGUUUAUGUGACAGAAUAUGUUGGCAUUAAAGCUCGAACAUGGGCGUCCAUGCACGUCCAUGCUUUUUUUGCUGUGGGAGUCAUGGUUGUGGCACUGGUAGGAUUUUUGGUGAGGACCUGGUGGAUCUAUCAGAUAUUUCUUUCUGUAACAACUCUUCCCUUUGUCUUGUGCUGCUGGAUGCUCCCAGAGACACCUUUCUGGCUACUGUCAGAGGGAAGAUAUGAAGAAGCACAAAAAGUAGUUAAUGUAAUGGUGAGAUGGAAUAAAGUAAGCACUCCUUGUAAAAUUUCUGAACUGUGUUCAAUUCAACAAGAUGAUCUAGUCAGAUGCAGAACAGGUGAUAAUGACACUUCUACAGCGAAGAAGCACAGCAUCUUAGAUCUGUUUUAUAAUUGGCACAUUGCAAGAAGGACCAUUACAGUCUGGCUGAUUUGGUUCACUGGGAGUUUAGGAUACUAUGUAUUCUCCCUGAGUUCCGUCAAUCUAGGAGGCAAUGAAUAUUUAAAUCUAUUUCUCAUAGGUGCCGUGGAGCUUCCUGCGUAUGUCGUUGCUUGCAUUGGGAUGGACAAACUGGGAAGGAGAAACACAUUGACUCCAUUUCUUAUAUCAAGUGCAGUGAUCUGUGCUUUGAUUAUGCUGAUCCCUCAGGAUUUCAGUAUAUUAUCUGUCUUAGCAAAUAUGGCUGGAAAGUUUGCAAUUGGCGUUGCAUUUGGCCUCAUUUACCUUUACACAGCAGAACUGUAUCCAACAGUUAUACGGUCACUUGCUGUAGGAAGUGGGAGCAUGAUGUGUCGUGUAGGGAGCAUAGUUGCUCCUUUUUGUGUUUACCUGACUAGUGUUUGGAUCUUCAUGCCACAGAUGCUUGUUGGAAUCAUGGCCUUUCUGAGCGGAAUGCUAACAUUAAUGCUCCCAGAAACUCUUGGAAAACCAUUGACUAAUACUUUGGCGGAAGCUGCAGAACUGGGAACAAACAAGAACAGCUGUUUGGGAAAAUCACCCCCAGCACAGACUGGUGCAGUGUUAGAAAAGAUAGAGAUGCAUAGCCAAGAGUCACACAGCACUGAUGAAUAAAGCAACAUCAAGAUUACUGUCACCAGUUUUAAUCCUCAUUAAUUCUAUAAGACCAUUUUAUUAGAGCAACCUGACCAUGUUAUUAAUGCACGCGUCUCUUAAUUUGUAUGCAAUCUUGCCUUUUCUAAAGGGCAAAUAUUAAAAGGUCUGGUAGAAAAUUUGAAAGGAUUUUUAGAGCCAUUCUCAAACUUAAUCGUACUUUUAAAAAUCUGGUUAAUUUGCUUUGACUAGUAGGAGUGAUUAUUGUUCAUUUGGAAGAUACCAAGUUUUUCCAGAUUCACAUAAUAUUUCCUUUCACUGCUUUAGAUUUUCUGUAGCUGUGCUGAUAAUCGCAUCAUGAAAUCCCCUGUCAAUAAUUGCCAUAUUACAACUGACAGACACAGACUUGUGACUUAUUAACAUGGUAAACUCAAGCACACACUACUAAUUCAACAGAAAAGGCUCUUAAUUACUGUGAGAGGUUAAACAGAAAUAAAGAUUUCUGUUUUUCACACUUUCUUCUGAAGAGACUGCCAUUGCUAAAAAUAAAAAUAUUCUAUGCAACA